AUGCAGCUGGAUGACAAAGAUAACAACACUCAAAAAUUAUAUCAGACCACAACAGAAAAAUUGGAAGCUACACCCACUGGCACAAAUAAUUCUGAACAGUACAGUUACCAUUUACUUGAGGUGUCUAAGGUCUCCAAACAGCUUGAAGAUGGGUCUACUUCUGAAGAAGUGGUGAAUUUACCUAAGCCUUUCACAUGCACAAAUCAGGUGGGAGAGGUAGCCUUGGGCACUUUAGAAGGUUACAGUACAAGUAGUGAACCAAACACUGACAUUUCAGACACACCCAAUAGCAGAUCAGAUUCUAAACAUUGUAAUUCUCAUCUGCCAGAAAUAUGCAAGAACUCAGAACAGCUACAAGAUAAUGCAAUUUCAAAAGAACAAGUAAUUCUACCUUCAAUUUCCAGAUGCUCAACACAAGAAGAAAAUACAGUAACUGAAGUUUGUCGAGAAGGUCAAAGUACAAAUAGUGAAUUCAUAGUUGAUGUUUUAGACAAAGUGAGUGUAAAUACAGGUCUUAAAAAGUUUAAUUCUUAUAUGCAAGAAAUGUGUAAAAUCUCAAAACAGCUACAAAAUCAUAAAAGUUCUGUAAAACUGGUAAAUAUGCCUUCAACUUCCAAGUGCAUGACACAAGAAGAAGAGAUGUCUGACAUUUCUGGAAAUGAUUGUAGUGCAAACAGUGAAUCCAGAGUUGACAUCUUGAACACAUUGAAUUGCAGGACAGAUCUUAAAAACUGUAAUUCUCAUCUGCUUGAAAUGUUUGAGAAUUCCAUACAGCCUGAAGGUGAGGUUUGUACUGAAGAACAGGUAGAAAGAACAACAGAAGAAGAUGGUAUUGAAUAUCUUCCAACUAGUGAAUCCAUAAGUAACUUAAAUUUACCUUUAGCUUGUGGAUAUAUGACAAAGGAAGAUGAGGUGACAGCAGAUGUUUCUGUACUAGAUCUUAUGGAAAGCAUUGAAUCAAAAUCAAAUGUUUCAGAGUCUCAGAAGAAUGAUCUAACUACUAUAAGUGUAGAAAAAUAUAAGAAGGUGUCAUUACCUUUUAUGUCAAGUGUAGUAGAAGAGCUUGAGAAGAGGCAAGUUGCUUCUAAUUCUGCUUCUGGAGUUAGUUCAAGUGUAUUCAGUACACCUAACUCAGAUAAUGGCUUAAUUAUAGAAAAUAGCAUUGACACUAAGAAUAAUGAUUCAGUCAACAAAAACAGAGUAUACACUGAAAGUGAAAAACUUAAUGUAACACUCAAUGUACUAAUUAAUCAUAUUGUUUCCAAGUGCAUGGCUGAUAAAAAAUCUGAAAGUGUUGGACCUGAAACAGAUCAGAGAGAUGGUACUUGUUUAUAUGAAGAUGAAGAUCCUGAUGUUUUCCUGAAUAAAGGUAUUGAAUGUAAUGGAUGUGACAGUGUAAAGAAUUCUAAAAAAAGUGCCAAAGCUACCACACCUAAUGACUUUUAUAUUAUAAGUAAAGAACCUGUUAAACAUGAAAUUAAAGAACAGAAACUCAGUGGUGGAAAUGAAGGGAAUGCUCUUCCUGUUGACUUGAGAUGUAAUAUAAAUGAUGAGAAAUGUAAUAUUGAAAGCAUUCAUAUUGAUAAUACCUCCUUUGUUAAAAAUCAUGAUUGUGUGAAGAAAGUUGAUGUUGAUGAAGAAAGUAACUUUGACAGUUUUAAUUCUUAUAAUCAAAGAUCAACUACUAACUCCAUCAGCAAAAGAUACAAAAUAUUCAGUGGUAAUACUAGUGUAGAUAAUUUAACUAGCCUUUUCAGUUGUGGGAAAGAAUCCGUGGAGAAAAAUGUUAGUAGAGAAAUUAAGAAAGAAGAAAGAACUGUACUAAGGGGAACUAGAACUAAUUUUGAUAAUCUCGAGGAUAUAUCAACUAAAAAUGUGAGAAGUAUUCAGAAUCAAAUUUCUCAAGCCUCACAUUGUGAACCAGACUUAAGUUAUCAGACUCUAGGUGAAGUUUCGACCAAUGAGAAUUUGACAUUUGAAGGAUUUGGAAGUAGUGAGGAUGAUUGCAUCAAAGAAAAAAUACUUUUUGAUGACCCUAUAAAUAGGAGUGUGUCAGAUGAAUUGGAUGUUGAAAACGUUUCCCAAAACAAUUAUUCUAACUGCAUGGGUGGUGAAUUGACAAACAAAUACAAUGAAAAAAAUAAAGCCAAUGAGUUUGCAGAUUCAUCUGGGUUAAAAUCAGAGAUAAAAGAAAAUAGUUCAAGUGGUUUUGAUCUUCCACCUGAUUCUUCUCAUGUGGGAGAAGAUGAAAGCAAUGAUCAAAUACUGUCUUCUUUUGUGGAAGAAGAUGAAAGCAGUGAUCGGUUUCUGUCUUCUAAUGUGGGAGAAGAUGAAAGCAAUGAUCAAAUUAUGUUUUCCCAUGUGGAAGAAGAUGAAAGCAGUGAUCUACUACUGUGUUCUCAUGUGGGAGAAGAUGAAAGCAACGAUCAACUACUGUCUUCUCAUGUGGGAGUAGAUGAAAGCAAUGAUCAAAUACUGUCUUCUCAUGUGGGGGAAGAUGGAAGCAAUGAUCAACUACUGUCUUCUCAUGUGGGAGUAGAUGAAAGCAAUGAUCAAAUACUGUCUAAAAAAAUUAAAGAAGCUGACAUGAAUGAGGGUGAAGAAACUUUCAGUAGUACGUACAUUAUUGAGGAAAGUCAGCCUUUAGAAACUUAUGAAGUGGUUCAGAAGAGUUCUUACUCAAAAAACAGACAGGUAUGUGACCAGAAGAAGGGAGAGAAUAAUCAUAAAGUGUUACAAGAAGGCAGGACAUUUUUGAGAGACAACAAAAAUUAUCAGAAAAACUUGGAAGAGAAAGAACACUGUCAAGACAUCUCUCAUGAAAAAAUAUCUUCUGAAAAUGUCCAGAAGAUAGUGCUGAAGCCUGUAUCUGUUGUGAUAAGUAGAUUACUCAGCCUGGAAAAUUAUGUAAAGAACAAUUUGAAAAGUAAUCAAGAGUUUAAACAAAACAGUCAAAAUGAAGGGAUCAGAAUCAGUGAAAAAGUUAGUUUGGUUGAUAAACUACACAUGGGAAAUGAAGCUACGAUUGUGAAAGAUUUAACAUAUGCUUGUACUUUAUGUAUUUUCACUACAACUGAUGAGAAUGUUUUUGCACACCAUAUAAAAGAGCAUCCUAUCAAUGUGCUUACAUCAUGGUGCAAGAAGUGUCAGCGGGUUUUCUCAAAUGUUGGAAAGUUAGUUCACCACAUCCAGACAAGCUGUACAGGUUCGUUUGAUGCAUGCAUUAAAUGUGGUGUGGCUUCAUGCAACUUUGAAACAAAAAGUCCCCUACAGUUCUAUCACCAUAACAGAUUUAAACACAGGGGAUGCCUCAGAUUGAACUGUAAUACGUGUGACAGGUUUUUCUCAAUGCCACAUUGUUUGACACUACAUGUACAAGAUGAAUGCUUAAAGUUAGAAAACAUAUGCAAACAACCUGAAGAAGAAACAAAAGAUCCGGAAAUAUCAAGUCAUCAAAGAAAAGGACAAGACUUAACAUGUAGGGUAAUAAGCAUGUUUGAAGAUAAUUCAGAUGAUCCUGAGUGUAUUUCAAGCCAGAUGUUGAACUCUGAUACCACUAACCAGAAAAGCUUACAAAACUCUUCUGAUUCAAGUUACCAGGCAAAUUGUUUUGAUGGUCAAAAAUUGGGAAAACUGACAAUUUUGAAAACUUUAUCACCUGAUAAAGAAUCAGCAUUUACUGCAGGAGGGGAAUGUCAAGCGAAGAAUACAGUUGAAGUACAAAACUAUACAACUGGGACGAACAACAAGCCUGCAAAACAAGCUAUUUGCAAAAAAAGUGAAAAUCUUGAUGACCAGAUAAAGAAUGCACCAGUUGUCGAGGUCAGUUUUUCAGAAUGUUAUAAAAAUGUUUCCACAUCAGAAGAUAAAAAUACAGAUGAAUCGAAGAAGUUAAUCAAUGAUGAGCACAUUAAUUCAGAAGCCAAGAAGUGUAAAGAGCAAACUGAAUAUUGCAAAGAACAGUCAUCUAAGCACAAGAAAGACAGUUCUGAAUCUAGCCAAGAUGACUCCAGUAAAAUAAAAACUAAAAUACCUGCACACACCACACAUGAUGAAAAAGAUCAGAACUUUCCUUUACUGCUGACAUGUGUAAGAACAGAGAGGUUUUCAAAAGAUCAUGACUGUAGUGAUGUAAUGACAGAUGUACUCACUUUUUCGAAAAAGAUGAAAGAUAGAAAGUCCCCUGAAUGUGACCACCCAGUUCUGGAUAUGCAGGUUGAAGUGGGUAAAGAGCCCACAGUUUCAAAAAACUCCUCUAGCACAAUACAAGAUUGUCCAAAGUUUUCAAAAUCCAAAGAAUUAAGUCUAGCAUUAGAUGUUGAAGAAGAAAAUUUUGAAUACUCCUCUUUUAGAGAUUUUCAGUAUGAAGCUAAUCUCUUUUCUUCUGCUUUGAAUGAAAAAAUAACUUUGAACAGAGAAAAGCUUAAAGUUACUAUAAACCAUGAUGAAUUCACAGAACAUGAUCAACCAGCUUUCAUUUUUGUGGAUGACAAACAAUAUGAAAAUAAAACUAAUUCAAAGCCAGUAGAACUCACAGAAGGAUUUAGCUGUAUAUCAACAAAUAAUGCAAUAAGAAAUGCAUCUGAAAAUUUGGAGGAAAGUAGGAUUGAUCAUUAUAAGCACCUGGGAGAAGAUGUUGAAGAAUAUGAAGAAAAAUCUGCAAUGGAAGCAUGUGUAUGUGAUGAAAAAACUUGUGUUAAUGCUCUUUCAGGGGUUGCAGACAACACCUCUCUUGUUCCUCCAAAAUCUCAUCAGAAAACUUGUGUUAAGGUAACAGAAGUAAUGAAAAAUAAAAGCUUGCAACUUGACAUGUGUAAAAUGUUAGAAACUGGAAGUGUAACAUUACCAUGUCCAACAGCAUCAGGUAUUUACAAGAAAAGUCUAGACAAAAACAAUAUAUUGUCAACAGUUUCCUUGUCAAGUGAUAAUAAACUUAAAGAGAUUGAAGGGUCCUUUAGUGCUAACUUGUCUUCCAAACAUGACUUUAAUUGCCAAGAACUCAAAGCUUUUUCAGCAAAAGAUUCAAUCCAGAUGUUGGAGAAAUUAGAAUUGAAUACUGAAGACAUGGAUCAGCAGCAGGAAGAGAAUGUAAACUGUAAUAUUGGUUUAACCAGCUUGGAGUCCACUUAUUCAGCAAUAAAGAGGGAAUUUCCAACCCUACUUUCUUCGGUUUCAGGCAAUACUACAACUUUAUGGCAAACAGAUAAAACACUUCCUACUGCUGUACCAGAUAACAACUCAUCUUCAGUGUUACCCCAUCGUUCUCAUUCUGGAAAAUCUGUGCUUUACAAUAAACCACACCAGAUUAAUGAAAGUGAUUUGGAUAUUCCUCAGCAAAGUGAACUAGGAAAUGUUUCACCUAUCAAAAUGUUAACUACAUUACCUGCACCUGAAACACUUAUUACAAAAAGGAUUAAUGAAAAACACAAGCAGUGGACAAAAUUUAUUGAUUUGCUUAAAUCAGCAAGUUUAAUUCAUAAGCUUCUUGAAGAUGAACAUAUUAUUAAGUUUUUCAAAUGCACCAAUCAAAACUGUGCUUUUACAACUGAUAACCCAACCGAAUAUGAAGAGCAUUUAAAAAAUCAUGAAGACAAAACUUUGCCAUGUCCAUAUUGCUUCAUUUUUUAUAACCUAGCUGUGCUUGCUGAACACAUGCUUAAAAAACAUUGGAAACUUCGCUAUCAGUGUGGUUACUGUUGGUAUCGUGGCUGGGGAAAAAUGCAUGUGAGAAUACACACUAAAUGUGCUCAUGUAGAAAAGCCACUGAAGAUAUUAGUUGGCAUUGAACUGAAGGGAGAAGAACCAGAUGAGGACGUACCAGACUACUUGGAGGUUACUAAGUCUUAUUACUGCAAUGUUGGAACUUGUAUGUUUUCCACAUUUGAUCCAUCUGUGUUUAAGGAGCACUACGAUACGACACACAAAACAGUUUCUGUCUUCCCUUGUUACUAUUGUAAAACAGAGGUGUUGUCAUUUGAAAGGUUGUUGAAACACUUAAAGUUUCAUGGAUUAAACAGUUUUCAAUGUGCUUUUUGUCUACAUGGUACAGAAACUCAAGCAGAAGUUGUUGAACAUAUGACUGCUGUUCACCCUGACAAGCCUCUUCAGCUUUAUGUGAGAGGUUCCCAUGGUUUGUCAAAAACAGAUACUCCUAGUCUUCCAAUGUCCACUGAUCCUUCCAAGCCAAUAACUUUGCCUGUGCAAUUAGGUAACCAGUCUCAUCAAAGUGGUUCAUUUGAAACCUCUAAACUGGAAAGUGUAAUCAACUUCCAACUUCCUUUGUCUCCAAAUAGAAAGAAAGAUAUUUCCAAAUCUGAUAUUGUACUUUAUGAUCCCUUAUUGCAAAGAGAAACGGGGAAUAAUGAAUCUGUUAAACCUACAACAGUUAAGGGUGAAUUGAACAGAAAUAACAUAGAAAUAACACAUAAGGAACUCAUCCCUGUCUUGUCCAAAGUUUCAUUGGAGAAAACAGAACGUGUGAAACUGGCUCCAGAGGAGCAGAGUGUUAAAAAUGACAAUGUUGAAGCAACACCAUGUUUUUCCUCUAUGAAUUAUAUAAAUAUAUUAGAUAACUUAGAAUAUUCCACUGAUUUAUCAAGAAAUAUUAAAAAGGACAACAGAAAAAUCUCUGAUCCAAACAUAUCAGAUACGAGUCUUCAGAAACUUGUGGUUUGCAAAGUAGAAAAACUCUGUGAAGACCAGGAGUCUCAGUUCUUUGAAAGUAAAGCAAAAAAUAUGGAUAUGAUGCAUGAAAAUAAGAACUUUUGUAGAAAUGAACCAAGAACAAGUCAGAAAACUUCAGCAAAGAAAACUGUAUGCAUAUCAGAAUUAGGAGAAAUUGCACCUGAACUUGUAGUCCAAGAAAUUUCAAACGAUUUUAAAACACACUCAUCUCCACUUCAAUCAUUGAAUAAUUCUUUCAAUUGUUUAGAAACUCAAGUAGACUUUGUUAAUACUGAAAAAAGUGAAGUAACUCAGGAAGAUGUUGAAGUGUUGGUUUCAUACGUCACAGAGAGAUCAAGUGAAAAUGAGAAAGCUGAAGUUUGCGAGAACAAAUUAUCAGAUAAUAAAGUUCAAAAAGAAGAUCUACAGAUUAAUUCAGACUUAAGCUUAAACAAAUCUUAUUCUUCUUUUAUAGAACAGAAGUUUGAAUGUGUUGAUGUUUCUUCAGCUACAAACAUCGAAGUUUCAGAAACAGAUGAUCCAUUUGAAGAAUCUAUCACUAGUGAAUGUCCUAUUCCUGAUAAAUCUGCUCAGAAUACUAACAUCAGUUGUGUCAGUACAAAAGAUAAAGUAUCUAAGUAUAAACAUCUCUCUGACAAGACACCUAAUGAAAUUGAUGAAGCAAGAAUUAAUAGAGAAGGACCAAACUUGGAAAAAGAAAUGAAAUGUACUUAUAGAUGUAGAUUAUGCUCAGUUGAAAUGGUUACACACAGGCAUAUAUUACAACAUCUCAAAAACAUCCACUGUGUACAACUUCAUAAAUGUGGAUAUUGUGAUCAAACUAGCAAAAGUACCAAGACAUUGAUUCAACACUCUGAAAAAUAUCAUCAUGAAAGAACACCAAAAAUUGUUCUAAUGUAUGAAAAGAUAAUUAUGUCUCAAAAAGAGAGUGUAGACUUACUUGCAGAAGUGAAAUCUUCCACCUCUUUUAGAGAGAAUAAGAUGGAAGAAACAGUACAAAAUGAUGGAAAAAAGAAGGAAGAAUCUUUUAAAGUUAAGACAAAGAUGGGAAAAAUUAGUGAUUUACAGCUAAUUAAUGGACCAGUGGAUAACACAAAUUCAUUUUUGGAGUGUGAAUUGAAGAAUUCUCUAAGUACAACUGAUCAACAGCUUGACAGGAAACUAAAUAAAGUGGAGCACCAAGCAGUUUUUCCUAAGCAACAGAAGUCUGAAACUGAAGGUUAUGUGUCUUUAAACAAUCUGUUGGACAGCAGAAGAGAAAAUAAUAGUUUGUUUGGUGACACUGAGCUACACGAGUUGGUAAGAGAAAGCAAACAAUCAUACAAUACAAAGGUCUGUGAAAAUCCACAUGAAUUUUCAUCUAACGGUAAUUUUCAAGAGGUAUCUCAAAAUCAAUUUGUACUUUCUAUGAAUGAGGGUAAUACAACGAAUAGAGAUAAUGGAAAUAGUGUUGCUGGUGUAGCUACAUCAUCAUGUAAUAUUAAGAGCCACAAUCCUGCAGUCCUCACACAAAAAUUUAAUGCUUGUAAAGAAAGAUCAAAAGAUAAGUCAUUUUUGUUCAUUUGUCCUUUUUGUGGUUAUGCUAAGGCUUCCUACUGUGCCUUGAAACUUCACCUGUUUAGAGAACUAAAGUACCACAGGUUGUUAUGCAUAGUCUGUAAUAUAUCAUGCUUUGGCACGAAAGAAAUGAAAACUCAUUUUCAAAGACACCAUCCUGGUGAAGAGUUUUAUUAUGAACGGAAGUUUGAUCGUAAUAUUGAAGAGUUGGUUGAAAAGUUUUUAAGAAGUCAAGAAAUAUUAACAGAAAAAGAUAAAAUGCUGCUUUUAAACAAUACACAGACAUCAAAAGCAACAAAAAAACGUUCUAAAACAUCUUUGUUUGAUAAGAAAUGCAAAUUGUUACAUAUGUGUGAAAAGGCAGCAGCAUUGUCAAAGGAACGUUCACUUACCUGUUUUAAAGAUGAUCUGGAGGUACUAAAUCGGGAAAAAAAAAUGGAAAAAUCCAUUAAUGCUAAAAUCAAGAAGAACACAAAAGAUGAUAAAGCAAAAGAGUCAAUCAUUAAUAAUGAUCAUAAAAGAACAAUAGAAGAAGACACAAAUCCCCUUUUAAGUGAAGAACUAAAAGAAUUGGGAAAUAAAGCUAUUAAAUUUUGUCACAAAGAGAUAAAAUCUAAAAGUGAAAAUUUUGGUUUAUCUUUGUCUUGUCCAAAAAAUGAGAAAACUGAAGUUCAGGAUGAGUCUGUAAAGAGCAAAUUGGAUACUACAGAGGAGAACAGCGAGGUUUCUAAUACUUUGUUAGCUGAUUUUGAAAAUGAUAGUAUCACUUCAAAGAAGCAGGGUAAAGAUGCAGAUUAUGAAGAUCAGAGCAUUGCCAUUGCAAAUAACACAUCUUUGCUGUCAAACUCUGAUAAAGAAAAAUCAAAAAAGGAGCCUGUUUUAUUCACUUGUCCUUUCUGUGAUUAUACUAAAGCCUCUUACUGUGAACAGAAACUUCAUAUUUUUAGAGAACUCAAGUAUCAUAGACUGUUGUGCAUAAUCUGUAAUGUAUCAUGUUUUGGCAAGAGAGAGAUGAAAGCUCAUUUUCGAAGAUACCACCCUGGUGAGGAGCUUUAUUAUGAACGAAAGUAUGAUCAUAAUAUUGAAGAAUUGGUUGAAAGAUUUCUAAGAAACCAAGAGAAGUUAACAGCAAAAAAUAAAAUGCUGCUUUUAAAUCAUGAACAGACACCAAGAGCAACAAAACAACGCUCUGGAAUUUCAAUCUUUGAGAAGAAGUGUAAAUUGUUAUUCAUAUGUGAAAAUGCUAUUACAACAUCAAAUGAAAGUCCACCUAUAUAUUUCACAGAUAAUCAGAAGGACAUGGCAAAGCAAGAAAGAAAAGGAGAAAUAUUCAUUACUGAAGUUAAAAUGAAAAAAAAUGCAACCAAUGAAUCAAUACUUUCUGUGACUGAAGACAUUAAUAAUGAUCAGAAAGGAACAUUCAAAGAAAGCACACAUCUGUUUUCAAAAGAAACAUUAAAGAAAUUAGGAAGUAAACCUUGUCUCAAUGAAACAAUAAAAUAUAAAAAUCAGGAGGUUCACUUCUCUACAUCUUCUGUUAAAAAUAAAAAAAUUGGAAUCCAGAAUUCACCUCCAAAGAUUGAAGUGAGCAGUGCAAAGGAGAAAAGUAAUCAGUGUGCUAAUAGUUCGGGUAGUACAUUUCCCAUGCUUUCAAGUAUUGGUAAAGAAAAAUCUAAAGUAGGGCCUGUUUUGUUCUCUUGUCCGUUCUGUGAUUGUACUCGUUCUUCUUAUCAUGCUCAGAAGCUACACAUGUAUCGAGAAUUAAAGUACCGCAGAUUUUUGUGCUUAUUAUGUAGUACAAAAUUCUUUAAUAUAAAAGAGCUUAAAGCUCAUUUUCAGAAAUGCCAUUUUGGUGAAAAACUUUCUUAUGAACAAAAAUGUGAUGCUGAAACUGAGGAGUGGGUUGACCAUUUAUUAAAAAAACAGAAAAAACUAACAGUAAAAGAAAGCAAGUACCUGUCCCUGCAACCUAAUCACUCCUUGAAUUCACAAGCCACAAAAAAACAGUAUAAAUAUACUUGCCUUUUCUGUGGUGCUAAAAAAUGUAACACGGGUAAUUUCAAGAAACAUUUGUUUAAUCAUAAACAGUAUCGUCCUGUUAAAUGUUUUCACUGCAAUAAAAAAUUCAGAUACACAUGUGAAGUUAAACAGCAUUUGGAGAAACAUCAUCCUGGUCUUGCAUCAUACAGUACAGUAACAAAGAGUGACAGCAUUGAAGAUUGGGUGAAUGAAAUUAUAAGUAGUCAGCAGCUUUCUAAUCAUAAUGAAAAAGAGCAGGAAGUGCAUCUUGAGAAAGCAAAUGUGAAAGAUGGCAUGUCUGGGGUAAAAGCGAAAAAACACAUCAGUGAUGGAGCUUUCACUUGUCAUUGGCAAAACUGCAAUUUUGUUGCUGUUGAUAAAAAAAAAUUGAAAUACCACCUGAUGAUCCACUUCUCUAGAACCAAUUUUUCGUGUCCCUAUUGUCAAACAUUGUGUGAUUCAGAAGCCAAGUUAAAAAGUCACUGUGAACUCAGUCACUCUGAGAAAUCAUUACCCUCAACUUCUGUAAGAAAUGAAAAAUCUGUUAGUUAUGACAUGAAAAAAAAUCAACUUGGAAAUAAUUCAAACAAAAUUACCUGCUCUUAUUGUGGUCUUGUGAUUUAUUCAGACCAAGAACUUAAACUUCAUAUUCAAUGGGAACAUCAGAAUGAAUCAAAAGAGGAUGCUAUAGAAGAAAGUGGUGAUAAUGCUAGUGCUUCUCAGCCUCAAGAUAAGCUUUUAGAGUGUGAGCAGUGUGGCAUUAAGUUUGUUAAACAUCAUGAGAUAUUAGAGCAUCUCAAAUCACAUGAGGAGAAAGUAUUAAAAUCUCCAGACUCUUCUCCCCUUGUAAACUUCCCUUUAUAUAAUAAGGACCAGAAUUCAAGACUCAUAACAACCAUGGGAAGUGAAAAUGAAUCUAAUCCUCCAAGUCUAAAUGUGUCUCAUGAGGUUCCCUAUAAAAUUCCCGGAAUGAACAAUGGUGAAUUAAAUCUCAUAUCAGAUGAGCUGUCUUCCAAAGAAACUACAUCCAGAAAUGUCACGAGGUGUGCAUAUUGUAGGAAGAAUGUACCUUCUGAUACUAUUAAGCAACACUGCCGAAAACAGCAUCCAACUCUGCCUGUUAAGAUAAUUAAACAUCGUCCCAAGACACCUCUUGAAUCACCCAAAUUUUAUGGAGAUUCAUGUGAGAAAAGAAAUCCUGUAAACAUCAAAGAAGACUUGUUAUUAAAGUUUAUGGAACACAAAUCUGUCGAAAAGUUUUUUUUGUCUGAAAAAGAACCAUACAGAUGUGAGUAUUGCCCAGCUCAUUUUAAUUGUGUUACACAUUUACAGAAGCAUUGGCAGGAAGAGCACCAAGUGAAGUUGAAGAGUCUAGCAUUUGAUACUGAAGUGCAUGAUACAAAACAGGAAAAAAGUAACAUUUGCAAUGCAGUUGAGCAGCUUCCACAACAGUUGCACUCAAAGAUUUCAGCAAGAAAGUCAUUUGUACAACAUUGUGCUUCCCAACUGAACAAUUUUUCCGAAACAUUUCCUGAAUCUAAUGAGACUUCUUAUCCUCACAUAACUGAACCCACACCCAGUGCAAAGAGGCAGCUUUCACAGGAAAAUGCUAAUACUUCCUAUGACAGUUUAUCACAAGGUGAAUUUUCCUUUUAUGGUAAAAAACAGAAAAUGGAUACAUCAAACAUUAAAGUACAUAUUCCGUCAUUAGGAGCCAAAAUCCCUUACCAGUCAGUGUCACACUUGUGCAACUUACAACCUUGUGUUUUACUGACAGACUUGAAAUCACAACUUUUCACCUUGGGAUUGUUUUAAAAUUAUGUUCUACAAUUGUGUUUGUGAUGAUGAUUCUAUAGCUUUCGUGUUAGUGGUGGUGUACAUAUUUUACUACUGUAUGGUUUUUACAUGAAAGUUACCAAUUUUUUACUUUACUCAAUUCAACCAAAGGACUAAGUACCAUUUUAUUAUGUUAAAAAAUUACAUUUCUGCCAAGUGUCUGGGUGUAAAUCUUUAAUUAAUAAUGUGUAUUCAACCUUCAAAUAUACUAGUGCCCUUUUUUUAAUAUUAGGACUUUUUUUAUUUAUAUUGUCGUGGUCAGUUUUAAAACUUCAAAUUGUUUUAAUGUUUGUACUUUUGUCAGCAAAAAGUGUUGCAAUUAAUGUGGUGCAUCUCAGUGUAAAUAGCUUUUUGCAUUGUUUUAGUAUGUUGACUAAUAUAAAGCUAAUUUUUUUUAAAUAAUUGUAAUUUAUCAUUGAGAAUUUGUGACAAGCUGGUACUUACUAACAUUUGCCAGUAAUAUACAUAGUUUAUUAGUGUAAGCUUUAAUCCAAUUGUAUACAUGAUUAGUGGAUUGAUGAAAGUUGUAGCCAGUAAGUACUCGUGGUAAUUUUAAAAUAUUUUUUAUCAAAAUAGCUAAAUAGUGAGUAGUAGUGUAAAAACAAAAUUAAAAAUACUUUAAUUCUCCUAGGUAAACAUGUUGCAUUUUUUAGUUGAUUUUUAUCCCUACAUACAUUAUCUAAUAAAAUGUUUUUGUUCUAAAUAUAGAAUGACUUGGUUUAUACUUAUAAUCACAGUAAUUUAAGUGAUGAAAAUUAAACAUAGUUAGGAAUUUGUUGUAAGUUUUAGCCAAUAAUAUCCAUGAUUAUUUAAUUAAUGAAAGCUUCAAAAGACCACUACUGGUGAAUUAAAAGCAAAGACUAGAAUAAGUUUUCUCAAAAGAAAUAUAUGUUUCUUGUUAAUUGUUGGCUUUCCAUUAUUGACCUGAGAGAAGUAUGAAAAUAUAGAACUAUGACAUUACAGCUUCCAAUCAGUUAUAAUAAUGAAAGUAUGGUGAUGUUUUGUGAUGACUUAUUUUUCUUUCUCAAGUAUUCAACAUUAAGCAUAGCUACAAAAUGAUGCAUUGGCUGUGAACUGAAUGAAAUAAAAAGUACAUCACUUAGAAAAAUGGGUGAUGGCUGAUUUCUAAAAACAGCAUAUCGGUACCCAUUAUGUAUAUAUUCAGUUUCUUAAAUGUUUGCCAUUGUCAUCAAAACAUCAGUUGUUGUACCUUCCUAAAAUAAAAUCAACAUUCACCUAAGUGGUGUGAUAAUGCUGAAAUGAAGUUGAGUAUCCUUGUUGCACAUCAACUCAAAAAUUCCAUUGUUUAGUGAAAUAAACAAAACAGUACAAAAUUCCUCAAGGUGUUUUGGGGCUUUUACUUAGAGCAUGUGCCCACAAUUAUAGGGAAGAUAAUUACAGAGGAACCUAAUCAGGACAUACCUGUGAUACACAUUUAUACACUACAUGUUAAGUAACCAAGAGAUUCAACAGUUUUUGGAUAGCCUUUUAAGCAACUGAUUAUUGUAGUUUUAAGUAAUUUCUUUAAAAAAAUUUUAAGACUGUAGAAAUCAUAUUUUUUAAGACUCAUUUGUUAUUCACCCACGUUACUUAAUGUAUAAUUUAAGUAUUUUAAGAUGCAGUCUCCAAUAAAUUUCAUUCAACAUGUGGCUAGUUGGUAUGGUGAGAUGUUUUAUGGUGAAAGUAAAAUGUAGUUUAGCAUUUAAAGAUGUCUUAUACUGUGAUGUGGUAGUCAGCUUUGUCUUUAAGCAAAACCUUUUUUUUUAUCUUAAAUCAUUCAUAUUCUGUUAUAAUUUUGAACUAUAUUUAUAUUCAUGUCAGCUGUGGAUACAUGUAUUAUAAAAUAUUUGUUUGUAUCCAUCAUAAGUAGUUUCCAUGAUGGCUCACUUGUUUUUAAUAGAGGUCACAAAACCUGAAUCUAAUUUAAAAACAUAAUGACAAAAUGUGUUAUGCUUUUCAUUUUGUUAAAUUUCUAGGUAAGUAUUAAAUGUUGUUGGUAAUUUAUUUUGUAGAAGUCUAGAUGUUUUGUCUCUUACUUUGUCGGUAAACUUUUGUAUAAUGAUAAUAAAGAUCUGCUCAUGAAAAAACAUGAAGAAUUGUCUUUAAAAGGUGUUUUUCUUAGAAGCAUGUUUUCAAACUGA